AUGAUUGUUCAACACAUCGCAGUGUUCAUUUCGGAUCAUGGUCUUGGACAUCUCACUCGAUUAGCUCCCACCGUGAAUGAAUUAUAUCGAAAAUUUCCCAAUGCCCAAUUUCAUAUCAUCACCAAUGUUAACAAAUUCUUCAUUUCCGAGAGAUUGCAAGAAAUUCCUCGAGAACAAAUUCGUUUAUUGAACAUCAAGAUAUCAGUUGGACUCAUUGAGGAAGAGAAUACUGUCUCUACGUGCCCUUUUAAAACCAUUGAAAUGUGGAAGCAACAUUGGGAUCAACACUAUCGAUGUUUGUAUGAUGAUAGUAUUUAUGAGGAUAACAACGGCAUCUAUAACAACACGACUGAACAAAAACCAUCCAAUGAUGAUGAUGAUAGCGAUCAAACAAAUGAUGAAAGACGAAAUGUUUCUCAUCAUUCUUCAAUGAUUUUUGCAAUUGAAGAGUUUUUACAGCCUUAUCAAAUUCAAUUAAUAGUUUGGGAUGUUCCUGACGUUGCACCAGUGAUGGCGAAACGAUUGAAUGAAAAAUAUUCAAGAGAAGGAGAAAGUAAAUGGCCUAUUUCAAUAGGCAUUUCAAAUUGGUGUUGGGAAUGGAUCUAUGAACAUUGUAUGGACCAUUUUCCACAAGAUUUUCCAAAAGAUAAAAUUCUAGGUCAUAUUCAUCAGAGACCCGUGACAUUUCAAGAGCUAGAAAAGGAGAAACAAUUAAUGGUGAAACAAUCGAGAUUAUUGUACAGUACUUUGGGAAAAACCGAUUUAUUUAUUCAACUACCGUAUCCAACCGAUGAAUUGCCAUUCAAAAAAGAUCUCACUAUUGUGAAACCUCUUGAUAACAGUUGGCCCAUUACAGAAACCAUCAAAAAAGCCAAAUUCACUAAAGAUCAAAUGAAGCAGUGGAUAUUCUCCAAAUCGAAGAUAGCAUCAAGCUCCAACACGUUGGAUCUAUCACAAAUUAAGGUCAUGAUGUUUUCAUUUGGAGGCCUCAGUUUUCCUUCCUCAACGCUCAUUCAAGAAAAAGAACCCACUUGGAGCAUUCCAAACGAUUGGUUAGUGGUAGUCAUGUGUAGUUCCAAAAUUGAGGGAGACACCAUCCCAGCCAAUGUUGUGAAUUUAACAUUCUUAGAUUUGGGUAAUGAGUGUAUUGAUUUUGCAAGGGAUUUAUUACUGGCUGUGGAUGUUCUUGUUGGAAAAACAUCCUACGGUACCGUCACAGAAACACUCUUUCAUCAAAUUCCAACCAUGUAUUUGGAAAGGUAUGGGAUGAUUGAACAUGGCUAUACAGAGAGAGCUCUCAAAGAUAACCUUGGAGAGGAAUGUGUUUGCCAAGUGGAAGGCGAUGAAGUAAUCAACGCUCUUCCAUCUCUAUUCCUUAAGGCCUCACAAUUAGUCGAAAAUAAGAAAAAGAGAGGUUUAGAAAACUGUAAGGACGGACGCCGAGUUGAUCUUGAGUUUAAUGGUGGCCAAAAAGCAGCUGACAUGAUUUGUUCUUUCUUGGAGAGUAACAAGUAA